AACUGCCGGUUCUCGGCUGCACUUUCCUCACGCUGUCAGAUCUGCCCUGAUCGGUGCCCAGCAGUGCCACCCGCAAGUGCCGCCCACCUGUGCUGCCAGUCAGUGCCCAGGGGUUGUGCCAGUCAGUGCCGCCAGUCAGUGCCCAGCAGUGAUGCCAGUCAGUGCCGUCUAUCAGUACCCAUCAUCAGUGUCACCUAUCAGUGCUGCAUAUUAGUGCCGCCUAUCUGUGACACCUCAUCAGUGCCGCCUAUCAGUGCCCAUCAGUGCCGCCUCAUCAACGUACAU